CCGCUGGCUAGAUUAUUGCAGUUGGGAGCUAAUGUUGUCAUCCGGAGAUAAGACAUUUACAAAGCUAACUAGAUAGCUAAUCAGACAAUAGCUAGCUAUGCAGUCCUCCUUUAUUAUUUUAGAUAGAUAAUUUAGCGUUAUAACAGUCGAGCAUCACAAGAUAGAUAGCUAUAUAUUUCAUUUAGAGUAUAGCAGGCUAGCCAACGAUAUAGAAACAUUAGGUAUACGUUCUAAGAUAGCUUUGUGGCGAAUCUUGCAGCAAUCCAUCCAGUCUACUGUAAAGAAAGUUAUGCAAUUGUUGUGAUGUAGUUAGCAUUUAUCUCACGCUGGGAAGUGUAACUAAAGUUAGUUUAGCGAUGUAGCUGGUGCUUGCCAUGUGUUGAUGAGAUUGUUGCGAAAACUGACAGGUGAAUUUGCUAAAACAUUUGGGCACACUGUGUGCCUGGUAAACGUGACGUAACUGUGAUUGUGUUUAUAAUGCAUCCUCCCGUUAGCUACCUGUUGGCGUCGCAUGAACUGUUAAAGAUGGGCAAAAUUACAUUCUUACUGCGUUUAACUCAGGACAUAUUGUACUGUCGCUAUAAACACAUUAUUUUGGUUCAGUUCAGUAAGCUAUGUUGAACGUAGCGUGAAGACAUUACCGUAAUUCACGUUUAAGCAGCCGCUACAUUUUACUUGUCACUUCUAAACAGUGAUAAAAUGUUUCAGAGUGAUAUAGAAAUGCCGGUAGAUGGUAGUGAAGAUCAGGACCUCCAGGCACUGUCCAGCCCGGUCAGUGUUCAAACCCCAGGAGAGACCGGGGCCGGGAAGGAUAAUGGCACCAAUCGGGGAAAUGUGGGCUCGUCGCUGCCCAGCACGAGUCGGAACGAGCCGGGAGCCCCGGCCGAGGGCUCCAAGAAAUCGCAGUCCUUGCUCCAGAUCGACCGGCAGCAGAUCCAGGCGGUGGCGCAGGGCUCCCAGGCGGCCGAGCUGCAGGGACUCGGGGUGGAUGUGUACGACCAGGAGGUCCUGGAACAGGGGGUGCUCCAGCAGGUGGACAGGGCCAUCCAGGAGGCCAGCCAGGCCGCCGCCAAGGCCGAGGCGGAGAAGGAGUACGAGUCUGUGCUGGACGACGUCAGGACCUGUACGAGUGAAUUAAAACACAUCGAUAGAAUCAUUGAGCAGCUGGCUCCUCAUGCUCUUUCCAACAAAGCCAUCAGCAGGAAAGUAGAAUCUGUCAAACGUCAGAAAGAGAACAAGGAGAAGCAGCUGAAGAAGAUCAGGGCCAAACAGAAACGUCUCCAGGCCAUCCUGGGCGGGGAGGAUGUUGAGAAACUUGAGGCGGAACUGCUGGACGACGGCGAUGAAGCAGAGCCGGGUCCGUCCACCCUGGGCAGUAUGCUCAUGCCGUCGCAGGAGACGGAGUGGGAGGAGCUUAUCCGCACGGGCCACAUGACCCCCUUCGGCACCAAGAUCCCCCAGAAACAGGAGAAGAAGGAGACGCGGAAGGCGACGCUCAGCGAGAACUCCGCCUUCGACCAGUACCUGACCGACCAGGCCGCGCUGGCGGAGAGCAGGAAGAGGACGCCCGUCAAAAGGAAGAGGGCGGGGCAGGGUCCCAGAGAGGGCGGGGCCGGGGCCGGGGCCGUGGCGGGAGCGCGGCAGAAUGGCGGCUUGUCCUCCGGAAGGGACCGGAAGCUCCAGAAACGCAUGCGCAGGCUGCAGAGGAACGCGCUGAGGACGCAGCCCAAAGCCAAGGCCAGGGCGGAGCCACACCAGGCCCCGCCCCGUCGGAAAGGCCCCGGGAGGACCUCCGACAGCGAGGAGGGGUCCGAGUACGUGCCCAGCGACGAGCUGAUGGACCCCGAGGAGCCGGAGCGGGACGACGAGUUCUGGGCCGGGGGGGACGAGGAGUACGAGCUGAAACCCUACAACAGGAGGAAGGCCGACCCCAAACGCAAGAAAGCCCAGAACCGGGAGCAGGAACAGGAGGAGGAGGAAUAUUUCCCCACCAGCUCGGACGACGACGACGAUGGCGGUAACGACGAGGCGGGAAAAAAGGGGCGUUCCAAAAAGCGCAAAGACGACGGGGACCUGGAGUGCUACAAGCAGAGAAUACGGAGGUGGAGGCGGCAGAGGCUGAGGGAGAAGGAGAGGAAGAGGGAGGCGGGAGAGGAGGAGUCUGAGGACAGCGACGCUGAGUUCGACGAAGGCUUCAAGGUGCCCGGAUUCCUCUGGAAGAAACUCUUCAAGUACCAGCAGACAGGUGUGCGGUGGCUGUGGGAGCUGCACUGCCAGCAGGCAGGAGGAAUUCUGGGAGAUGAGAUGGGGCUGGGCAAGACCAUCCAGAUAAUAGCCUUCCUGGCAGGCCUGAGCUACAGCAAGAUCCGAACGCGGGGCUCGAAUUACAGGUACGCGGGGCUGGGCCCGACCGUCAUCGUGUGCCCUGCCACGGUCAUGCACCAGUGGGUGCGGGAGUUCCACACCUGGUGGCCCCCGUUCCGAGUGGCCGUUCUGCACGACACCGGAUCCUUCGCCAAUAAAAAGGAGAAGCUGGUCCUGGAGAUCGCUGCCACCCACGGCAUCCUCAUCACCUCCUACUCCUACGUGCGCAUCAUGCAGGACUUCCUCCAGAAGUACGACUGGCACUACAUCAUCCUGGACGAGGGCCACAAGAUCAGGAACCCGCACGCUGGCGUGACCAUCGCAUGCAAACAGUUUCGAACCCCACACCGCUUCAUCCUGUCGGGGUCACCGAUGCAGAACAACCUGAAGGAGCUCUGGUCCCUCUUCGACUUCGUCUUCCCCGGGAAGCUGGGGACCCUGCCCACCUUUAUGGAGCAGUUCUCUGUCCCAAUCACCAUGGGGGGCUACUCCAAUGCCUCACCUGUGCAGGUCCAGACCGCGUACAAGUGCGCCUGCGUUCUGCGCGACACCAUCAACCCGUACCUGCUGCGGCGGAUGAAGGCCGACGUGAAGACCAGCCUGUCUUUACCGGACAAGAACGAGCAGGUCCUGUUCUGCCGUUUAACGGACGAGCAGCGGCAGGUCUACCAGAACUUCAUCGACUCCAAAGAAGUGUACCAGAUCCUCAACGGGGACAUGCACGUUUUUUCAGGCCUGAUUGCUCUGCGGAAGAUCUGUAAUCACCCGGACCUGUUCUCUGGGGGACCCAGGAUACUGAGGGGCAUCCCGGAGGACCAGCUGACCCCGGAGGAGCACUUCGGCUUCUGGAAGCGUUCCGGGAAGCUCAUUGUGGUGGAGUCCCUGCUCCGGCUCUGGCACAAGCAAGGGCACAGAGUCCUGCUCUUUACCCAGUCCAGACAGAUGCUGGAGAUCCUGGAGGUGUUUGUGCGGGAAAACGGAUACUCCUACCUCCAAAUGGACGGAACCACGUCCAUAGCCUCCAGACAGCCUCUUAUCGGGCAGUUCAACCAGGACACGUCGAUAUUCAUCUUCCUCCUGACCACCAGAGUGGGUGGUUUAGGAGUAAACCUGACCGGAGCGAACAGAGUUAUCAUCUAUGACCCGGACUGGAACCCCAGUACAGACACUCAGGCACGAGAGCGUGCCUGGAGGAUCGGCCAAAAGCAGCAGGUGACCGUGUACAGGCUGCUUACCGCUGGGACCAUCGAGGAGAAGAUUUACCACAGACAAAUCUUCAAACAGUUCCUGACAAAUCGAGUGCUUAAAGACCCCAAACAACGACGGUUUUUCAAAUCCAAUGACAUUUAUGAGCUGUUCACGCUGAGCAAUCCGGAUGGUGCCCAGGGAACGGAAACCAGCGCAAUAUUUGCAGGCACUGGUUCGGACGUUCAGGUGCCUAAGAAGCAGGCGAAGCCCAAAAUGCCGAGCUCAUGGAAUCCUAGCCGUGACCGGCCAAACGUGUCGCCGAAGCAAACCGCUUUACCCUCCCCUGACACCAGUAAGAGGGCGGCGUCGGCCGGGUCGACGUGUGAGAAUACCGAGCGGUCGUCGCCGAGCCGCGAGAGAGCGAGCGAUGCCCGCGGGCAGGAUGGGUCGGUAGAGGACGCGGAGGCGGCGGCGGCGUCGAACGGCGAACGGGGGCCGGGCGGAGGGAGCCCGGCGAGGGGGGGAGAGACUGACCCGGAAUCGGUUCCCGCGGCAACGGGUUCGGCUCCAGGCGCCGCGCGUCCCCAUGGAAACGGUCCUCACAAGCGCAGGGAGAAGAGGAAGCACUGCGGCGAGAGGGCGGGCGAGGGGGCGGGGCGCCGGCGGGAACACGGGGCGCGCAGGCGCUCCAGAGACGCCCGCUUCGAAGGCCACCGCAUCUCACACCUGGUCAAGAAGAGGAAGUAUAAGAAGGGCGAGGAAGAGGAGGAGAAGGAAGACCAGAGGAAGAGCGACGACUACGUCCUAGCCAAACUUUUCAAAAAAUCCGGGAUCCACAGCGUCAUGCAGCACGACUCCAUCAUGGAGGCGUCCAACCCGGACUACGUGCUGGUGGAGGCGGAGGCCAACAGGGUGGCCAAGGACGCGCUGCGCGCGCUGAAGGUCUCCCGCCAGCACUGCAGGCUGCCGUUCGCCCGUCAUGACAACACCCGGCCACAGGGGGCGCCAGCGCCCAGCAGGAAAAGGUUCGGCCAGAAGAAAAACUCUCUGUUAUCAGUUCCACCUGCUACCGCAGCACGAGUGCCAGACAAAUGCAAGGACGCCGCCGUGGUCAAAAAAUUCGGCGCCAAGAAGGCGGUGCCAACCGGCCACUUCAGCGGAGAUGUCCUGGAGGAAGACUCCGCGCUCUCCUCUUCCUCCCUCCUGGCCAAGAUGAAGGCCAGGAACCACGUGAGCCUACCCCAGGCCCCAGAGGACGAGGAGCGGGGGGGGGAGGGGGAGGAGGAGGAGGGGGGCGCGGCCGGCCCCGUGGCCUCCCCGGCCCCCCCGACGGAGCACGACGAGCUGCUGGUGGAGCUGAGGAACUUUGUGGCGUUCCAGGCGCGGGUGGACGGGCAGGCCAGCACCCAGGAGAUCCUGCAGCACUUCACCCCCAGGCUGAGCCCCGCGGAGACCCCCGUCUUCAGAGAGCUGCUCCGCAACGUCUGCCACUUCCACCGCCUGCCCGGGCACGAGGGCCUCUGGAAGCUCAGACCGGACUUCCGAUGAGAUUCCCAGAACUUCCGAUGAACUUCCGAGAAUUUCAGAGAGCUUCCGGCCUCUCGGUCGGAAACGGGAGAGCCGGGUUCCACAGAUCCCCUGUCAUUGGUGGAGCUACAGUGACCUGUUAGUCAUCGACUCAUUUGAACCAAUUAAAAGACUUUGUUCUUGGCUGAAGAAGAACACAGUGAUUUGGUUCAAACCAAUUAGUCCCGGAAGAUAUAUGGUGGCUCCACUUUGUUUUGGUUUUAACAAAGCCUCGUUCUUCUCAAACUCCCAACAUUGUGAUUUUGUACCACUCUGUAAAAUAAAUGAGCCUCUAUUAUUCUGUACUGGGAUUUACUUGAAGCAGAGCAUUUGUAAAUGUCUUGAUUGUCGGAUUCUGAAUUCAAGGGAAUUCCACAGAAAUGUGCAGUUAACUGAAAUAAUGCAGUAACAAAUUGUACAUACUCGAGGUCCAGGACAGUUUCUGCAUUGUACAACUACUUGCAUACACCAAUAUUAGGUGUUGCAGGUGUCUGGUAUAAUUAUUUUGGACCUUAUAACUAUUCAAUUUACCUGCAAAAGCCAUUGAUAUAUCAUGUGGAGAGACAUUCCUGACAAAAUAAAACUACCUCAGUUGUCAAUUGUAUACCAUGUAGAUGCCAAUUUAAAACUAAUUGUACUGUACACAAAAUAAAUUGACACUCCUAAAGGUUUUUUUGUUUACAUUUAAAAUUUGUUAUAUUGUGUUUAGUAUCAACUUUUUUGUUUGUUUUUUUUUUUUUAAGAGGGGGAGGGCACUUUUUAUUUUGUCGAAACACCAUGCAAAUAAAGUCAUUGAUUCCUGAA